UAGUCAGCAUUGUUUCUGAGUUGUACAGCGAUGGAUGCUGUUUUCACCUCCUUCUUUCCUAAUUCUCUCUCUCGAAAUUCCCUUCCAUCGGCUUCUUUCCCGUCACUCAGUUUCGCGAAAUUCGUCUUCACCAAACAAUCCUCUCUCAGAGGGCGGCCAUUCAAUUCGCAUUCGAUCGAAGUUCGAGCCUCGGAAAUUCCAACAACCGAUCCUCAAAGUGAAGAAGAUUUCAUCCUAGAAGACGUCCCGCACUUGACCUCUUUCCUCCCCGAUUUACCAAUGUAUACAAAUCCACUGAAGAAAACCCAAGCUUAUGCAAUAGUAAAGCAAACAUUUGUUAGCCCCGAAGAUGUGGUUGCACAUAAGGUUGUUGUUCAGAAGCAAAGUCCAAGGGGAGUACAUUUUCGGCGUGCAGGGCCCCGCGAAAAAGUGUACUUUAAGUCUGAGGAAGUUCGUGCAUGUAUCGUGACUUGUGGAGGCUUAUGUCCUGGAAUAAAUACGGUGAUACGAGAGAUAGUUUGUGGUUUGAAUAAUAUGUAUGGCGUAGAGGAAAUCCUUGGGAUUCAGGGAGGAUAUAGAGGGUUCUAUUCUAAAAAUACUGUUCAAUUGACUCCAAAGUAUGUCAAUGACAUUCAUAAGCGUGGUGGGACUUUCUUGCAAACGUCAAGAGGAGGUCAUGAUACCAAUAAGAUAGUGGACAAUAUUCAGGAUAGGGGAAUAAACCAGGUUUACAUAAUUGGCGGAGAUGGUACACAAAAAGGCGCUGCAGCAAUUUAUAAGGAAGUGGAAAGGCGGGGGAUUAAAGUGGCAGUUGCUGGAAUUCCCAAGACAAUUGAUAAUGAUAUUGUUGUGAUAGACAAGUCCUUUGGUUUUGAUACUGCUGUAGAGGAGGCUCAACGGGCAAUAAAUGCUGCACAUGUGGAAGUUGAGAGCGUAGAAAAUGGAGUUGGAAUUGUGAAACUUAUGGGCCGAUACAGUGGAUUCAUUGCCAUGCAUGCAACAUUAGCAAGCCGUGAUGUGGAUUGUUGCUUGAUACCAGAGUCCCCAUUCUAUUUGGAAGGACAGGGUGGGCUGUUUGAAUUUGUUGAGCAGAGGUUGAAAGAAAAUGGACACAUGGUGAUUGUGUUGGCUGAAGGUGCAGGACAGGAAUAUGUUGCUCAGAGCUUUCAUGCAUCUGCUGAAAGAGAUGCAUCGGGGAACAGGCUACUUUUGGAUGUUGGCCUCUGGUUAACACAAAAGAUAAAGGUAUCUUGGAGAACUGGAGCAACACAACAUCCUUUGUGUGUCUAAAUCUCUUAUAAAUUACUACUCCCUCCGUCCCACAAAAGAUAUCACACUUUGUGUGUUAAAUGGAGAGAGAAAAUAUAAUUUGUAUAUUCAUGUGAGAGAACUUUUUCCAAAAAGGGAAAUGUGACAUCUUUUGUGGGACAAACUAAAAAGGAAAGUGUGACAUCUUUUGUGGGACGGAGGGAGUACUAUUUUAGAAAUUCUGCAUAAGCAUCUCUCUCUCUCUCUCUCAUAUUAUGAAUUCACAUGGGGGAUUCAAGUAAUUCUGUAGUUCAGUUCUUUGAUCUUAAUGUGUUUACUAAACUACAUUUGCGCCUAUAUGAAUCUGCAUGUUUUUCGAACUUCUUAUUUCAUGGUUUCGUUUCAUAUUGGAUACGCCAUUCUUUUGGCCCAUUUUCUAAAACAUUCUGUUAAUAAGUUGUAUGUGGCACCGUCACUUCCUACUGAUAGCAAUCAUCCUUCUAUAGGAUCACUUGCCAUUUUUUCUUUUCUGAUGCCUCUCUUGGUAUUAGCUCUAGAGGGGGUUUGCAUGAAGAUACUUGUAUCUGAUAAGUUCUAUAGUUGGACUCUGUAUCAAAUUUU